AUGCUGUACGUAACCGCCUUCUUCCUCCCGCCCCUGGCCGUCUACCUCAAGCAGGGCGCCACCACGGCCUUCGGCACCAACCUCUGCCUGACCAUGCUCGGGUGGCUGCCGGGCGUGGUGCACGCGGUGUACGUGCUGGCGAGGGACAAGCAGCAGCAGCAGCAGCGGUAUCAGCACCAGCGGCAGCACUAG